GUACAGACAGGAUUAGAUACACUCACGGCCUCCAUUGUGGUUCCUGCAACUCCCUUCUUUAUUCAGCAGUAAGUGAAGGGCAUACGACUUUUUUUGUUUUCCCUUGCCUUUUCACUUCUCCUGUCCACGAAUCCUGUUCCUGGUGUCUCCAUUCCUUGAAUCCGAACUACUGGAAUUCUGGAGGGAACUGUGUGCUUUUUAGACCGGACAGGUUCUUUUAUCUGUUUCGCAUCCGCUGUUAAGCUCCGGGCCCCGGAGCCGCCAGGCUGAAUAGUCCCGGGCACGCCUGGGGGCGGCCGCGCUCGUCCUUCGGCUCCGCGGGGUGCGGCCGCCUGGGGCCCGGCGCCGGCAGGAGCAUCCCGGCUCCCGGGCCCCGCAGCCCGGCCCAGCGUGCCCGGGCGGGGCGGGCGGGACGCGGGCGGCUCCCGGCCCCGCUCCGUGCGGCCGCUGCCGGCGGGAGCGCCGGGGCCGGGCGGGUCCCGCCGGGGCUGUCGGCGGCAGCGCUGCUCGGCACCCGCAGGAUUGUGCCUGGCUGAAGGACUGCGGGAUGGGCCAGGGGCCGUGGGAAACCAGCUCGGGAAUCUUCGCUGCCAGGAGCAGCGUGCAGCCGCUGCGCGUUGUUUCCAUUGUCACCGGCUUCGGUGUUGGGCAGCUUUGGAAGGCGAGGGACUAAACCGAGAGCCGAAGGCUGCGGUUGCCUGUCUUUAUUCCUGGUCAAAGAGCCGGUGUUUGCCAAUUCAUCUGGGGCAUUUACACCUCUGGAGUUCUUUAGUCUCCGACUGUAACUGUUUCAGGACAAGACAAUGUACCAAGGACCAUGUCUUUGUAACUGUGAAGGGUUGUUAGAAGUAUUAAUCUGUUUUCUUGGAAGUUUUUGAUUUUUCCUGUCCUUGCAGGCUUUUCAGAUGCCUUCUUUCAGAAGAACUGCACCUGGAAUACUAUGACAGCAAACAGUGUAAUUGGGAAUGUGUAAGCAGUUUAAAAAUUAUGGGGACAGUCUUUGGGAUAAGACUUGUUACCAAUCUUCAGGAGGCAGCUCUUGACUUAUUUAUCUCCCAACUCUAGGAGAUUAUCAGAAUGCCAAAAUAUCCUUCAAUUCCUGUGCCCCAAAGAGAAUGACAAAAUAGCAGCUGGUCCCUGUGGUCUACCCUACCAUCAUCUGCUCGAGAUCUCUGGCUCAGAAUGCCCAAUCUCAUAUUGCUCUUUAUGUAAAGACAUAAAACUUUUAUAUAAGGGCAACACUAAGAGUAUUUAAAGGAAUCUUGUAUUAAUAACAAAAAAUGCAUAUUUUCACCUUGAAGGGGAAGGAAAGCAAAAUUCCUCUGUUGGAUUAAUGACGUUUCUUUUCUAAUUGUAAAUAUCUUUGUUUAGUUCAGUUGAUAGACCACUUUGCUUUUUGUUAAAGUCUUCCCCAAAAAUAAGAAUAUGCACUUUUUUCUCUCUCUUUACAGAUAGAUGCUGUUGAACUCUUAGCAGAACAGUGAGAAAAUUGGCUGAUUCAGUUGAAAGCUUUAAAUGCAGUAGAAAAAGCAGCUUUGCUCUCUGCUUUCAAGGCCACAGGCUCUCAACCAGCACCUGCCUUUGGAAUGGGAGGACAGCAAACCUCAGGCUUUGGGCUGUCAAGCUUUCCAGUGAGCAGCAGCAGCAGCAGUACCAGUGCCAGCAGUUUCUCCUUUAAGGCCAGUUCCAGCCUCAUCAGUUCAACAUCACCUGGGAGCAGCCCUGCUGCUGGGAGCUCUUCUGCUGCUGCAAAUGCUCCUGCAUUUGGGACAGCAUCCUCUCCUAGUGCGCCCCAACCCGUUGGCUUUGGCAGCCCGGCCGCUCCAUCCGCAGCCUCCUUCUCCUUUAAAGCAGCUGCCACGGCUGGUGGCUUUGGGACUUCUGGCUUCUCAGGCUUUGGUAGUGCUUCUGCUGUGAACUCUGCAAGCACCACUCCAGCAGCCUUUGGAGCCUUUGGUGCCACUGGUGCCACUUGUGGCUCGCCUGCGAGCGGUGCUUUGUUUGGACAGAGCGCCAGUGCCUCUGGCCAUCCUGUCACCUCAGCGUCUGCUGCAGCCACCAACCCCAGCCCUGCCUCAGAGAAGUUAUUCACACCCAAGAGUGAACUGUCAGCUGAAGAGUGGCAGCAGUUUGAAGCAAAGGAGUUCACAAUCAGAAAGAUUCCUUUAUUGCCACCACCAUUAGAACUUUUAAAUGCUUUCAACCUUUUAAGUUUACUCUGAAAUGUUAAUUUUUAUUUCCUUUGAUUCUCUUCUGCAGAAACAACUGCACAAAUAUAAACUUUUGAACCUUAUUUUGGGAUGACUUCAUACAUCUGAAAGAUGAACUGUUGAAACUAAAAUGCCUUCUGUAUGCUGUCCUGUGAAAUUUUGUAUAAAGACUACAUGAAAAAUAUGGUGUCAAAAGAAAGAAUAUUUCAGUCAGUUAUUUAAAACCUACUCUUGUAUCAAUGUAUUAUCUCCAGAUGUACAUCUGUGGGAUGUAGGACUGACCAUGAAAGCUUUUUCCCCCUUGCCCCAACAAUUGGUGUUGUACAUUUAUUGGUGAGCCCUUACUGACAGUUAUUACUGCAUGUGUGCCUUUGCUGUCUUUCAAAAAUCUGUUGUUUUAUUCCCCAGCUUUACUGAAACUAGAUGAUCUCUAAGGGAUGCCUCUAUAAUUUGCUCCAGUCCCCUUCACUAAUUAUCAAAAUCCUCCAGCAUCCUAAUGUUUACAUCUUUAAGUUCACCCUUCCUGUCCACGAAUGGCACAUGGAUUCAGGUCAAAAGGAGGGGCCACUUCAGACCCCACACAACCCCUGCCUAUCCUUUUGCCUUCUCUAAUACCAUUCUCUUCUCAUCCAUAUUAAAAAGGGGUUCAAUAUAGCCUACAUCUCCCACCAAUUAGGGUUAUGAGACAGCAUGAUAUUUUCCGAAAGCUGAUACAUUCCUUCAGGGUUCUCUCAUUAUGAACCACAGAUCAUUUCCAAUUCAAAAAAUCAAAAGUAGUACGAGGAACAUAUCCAGAAAAAAAAUGGUGAUGCUCUGCCCCCACUGCUUGUCUGUGCUUUUGAGCUGUAUCCUCUUUAUCCAUCUCCACCCUGCUGUUUUAGGGGUGUGGAAUGAAGGGAACUAACUUUUGCACAUAAAACCUCAUCCCCUUUUCCAACAUCCACUGUAAAAUAAUAUUAAUCUGCAAUGGCACAUUUUCCCCAUACUCCAAUUUAUAAAAUGGCCACUAGUGAUGACAAUAGCUCUUCAUUUUAUCCUUAGUCACUGGUUCUGCCCUAAACACAUUCCAGUUUUUGGGGAUGCAUCCUAGACAGCUGUGGGGAAGAAUUGUACAUUGGCAUGUUCUCAUCAUUUAAUUUUAUAACAUUCAAGUUACGCAAUUCCUUUACCCUUAGGUCCAGACCUUCCAUAGUUACAUGACCCUAGUCCCCCUGACUGGUUACACUGAUAAACAUACACCAUUUGAAAGAGGAACACUGGUGCACCUACCAAUCCAAGAAUUCUAUUCCCCUUUUUGCAUUUACUUGAGUCUCUCUGCAGCAUUGCACCUCUGAGUUGCUCACCACCUUGGGACUGGAAAGGAUGUGGUGGAGUCUGUAAUCAGGUGGUCAGUACAUGCUGCAGUCCUGUCUCAUCCAGCUCUCCAUUGCCAGAGGAAGCAAGAUGGUCUAGUCAACACUUUUGGCCAUGCCACCUGGGUACCCAGAACUCCCAAUAUGGAUUCUACUGGGUGCAAGAAGCAGAUUUGCACGCAGGGUAGAGUUUAUAGAAUAUCCUGACUUGGAAGGGACCCACAAGGAUCAUCGAAGUCCAGCUCCUUGCACAGGGCCAUCCCCAAGAGUCACAUGUGCCUGAGCUCUGUCAGGUUGUGCUGUGACAAUUUCCCUGGGGAGCUUUCUCCAGUGCCCAACCAGCUUCCGGGUGAAGAACCUUUUUCUAAUACCCAACGUAAAGCUCCCCUCAUUGUGUCAUUAGAAAAAAGUUCUUCAGGUCAUUCCCUCAGGUUCUGUCACUGGUCCGUGGUGAGGAAAGAUCAGUGCCUGCCCCUCUAUUUCCUGAGAAGUUGUGAACUGCAACUCAGUCUCAUCUCCUUCAGGCUGAACAGACCAAGAGCCCUGAGCUGCUCCUCACACUGUUUCCCCUCAAGGCUCUUCUUGAUCUUCAUUGCCCUCCUUUGGAUGCUCUCUACCAGCUUUAUAUUCUUAUACUGAGGUGCUCAGAACUGCCCCCAGGACUUGAGAUGAAGCCACCCCAGUACAGAGCCAAACGGGACAAUCCCUCCCUUGCCUGGCUGGUGAUGCUGUGCCUGAUGCACAGAGAUUUUUAUUACAUGGCUGUGCACAUGGGUGCUGGGCAGUGAAUCCCUAAAUGUAGCACAGCCUCUGUGUGCCAGCCCGCCACUUUUAUACCCGUCAAACAGCAACAGCUCAACAUCUCCAAACUAUAGUGUACCUACAGUGAGAGACUAGAGAAAAUGGCCUUGACCUGAGACAGGAGAUUCAGGUUACAUAUUAGAAAACAGUUUUUCACUGUUAGGGUGGUCAGGCAUUGGAAUAGGUUGCCCAGGGAGGUGGUGGAGUCACUGUUGCAAUAUGUGGUACAAUUUUCCUAAGAAAGGAUGUUGUUUAAUGCUUGAUCUUUAUAUACUUUCAAGCCUAAGCAACAAGAAGGGAGAUUUAGCCCUGAAAGAGAUAGCAGCUGGAAAGCUCUAAAUGAUGCUCAUGUGCUAGAAGUAGGUAGAAUUGCCUUGUUAGGGUUCAGAGCUGGACAUGCUUCACUGAUCUCAGAGCUGGGUGAGGUUAACAAAGCUUGGGAAGAAAGAUGUAGCACUGAUAGUGCUAGGACACAAAGAAUGCAGAAUUUACACACCACAAGGAUAUUCGUCAGAACCUCCAAGAUAAGGAAGAAAAUAAUAAAAACAACUCAGCAACUGUGCUGAAACCUGCUCUGACUGGGUAAAGGGUAAUUCCAGCAGGGGGAUUUGUGACCACUGGCUGGUGGACCACCAACCCAAGAAAGCCAUGGGCCCACAAGAAGAGAAAGACUGAGCAUGCGGACUAAUUGACAUGAGAAGUGAGAGAGUAAUUAAUCAAUAGAAGAUAGAAUAUGAAUUAGUAAGAGAGCUGUGUAACUUGUAGCUGAUUAAUGCUAAUUCCUUUGUUUGCUAAAAUGUAUAAAUAUAAAAAAGUUUUGAUAGCUGGUGUGCUUGAUUUGUGGAAUACCAUCUAGCACCCGGGCUUGUGCAACUGUGAAAUAAACAGUCUUUCAAAUGUGUAA